UUAUAAAGCACGCUGGGAGUUUUACUCUUGUGUCUUGAAGUGAAUCUGUCACCAUGUGGACCUCUCUGAAGAGUUUAGAUGCGAGCUCUGUGUGCCUGGCUUUGAUUCUGGGUUUGGUGUUUCUGGUUCUAUAUGAAAUGUUCCGGAUUCAUUCCUUCAGAGCUCAAACCCCACCCGGACCCAGACCACUGCCUUUUGUGGGAAACCUGCCAAACGCUUUGAAGGACCCAAUAAAGUUCAUUCAACUGAUGCCUCAGUAUGGAGAGAUGGCCACUGUGUACAUAGGAAGGAAACCAUCAAUAAUCUUGAAUACACUCCAGAUCACAAAGGAAGCUCUGGUACAGAAUGCUUCAUCUUUUUCUGGAAGACCAAAUAUGCCAAUUCUAGAUUGGGUUACAGGUGGAUAUGGUAUAGUGAUGGCUCAGUUUGGUCACUCGUGGAGGCAGCAGAGAAGGUUUGCUCUCCACACGCUCCGAAACUUCGGCCUGGGGAAGAAAUCUGUGGAAGAACGUGUUCUAGAAGAAGGACGUUAUCUGAUCGUCGAAAUGUGCAAAACAAAGGGAACAUCAUUUGACCCUCAGCAUGUCAUACAGAAUGCAGUUUCAAACAUUAUCUGUUCCAUCGUGUUUGGAGAUCGCUUUGAAUAUGACAACAAGCGCUUUGCAUAUCUUCUGAAAAUCCUCAAUGAGAACAUUGUGCAGGCAGGGUCACUCAUUGGACAGAUUUUUAACUUGGUGCCCUUCAUCAAACACCUCCCCGGGCCGCACCAGAAAAUACACCAGAAUGCAGAAGAGCUGAAAGGUUUUAUCAGGGAAGCUGUUGAAGAACACAGAAUAACUUUAGACUCAGAAAACCUGCGGGACUUCAUCGAUGCCUACCUGGUGGAGAUGGAGAAACAAAAGUCAAACGAAGACUCCACGUUUCACGAGAUGAACAUGGUUAUGUCUGUGAGUGAUCUCUUCUUGGCUGGAACCGACACGACGGCGACCACCAUCAGAUGGGGGCUUAUCUUCUUGACUCAACACCCAGAUAUACAAGAGCGAUGUCACGAGGAGAUUGUUCAGGUUUUGGGUUAUGACCGCCUGCCCAGCAUGGAAGACCGUGACAAACUUCCAUACACAUACGCCGCUGUUCACGAGAUUCAGCGCUGUGCUAACAUCGCCCCGCUUGGUGGAAUUCACGAAACCACUCAGCCCGCAAAAUUACGAGGAUACGACAUUGCAAAGGAAACUCAGAUAAUGGUGAAUUUAACAGCAAUUUUAAGUGAUAAGGACCACUGGAAAUAUCCAGACACUUUUAAUCCAGCGAAUUUCUUGGAUGAUAAUCAAUGUUUCAACAAACCAGAGUCUUUUCUACCUUUUUCCUUAGGUCCGAGGGGUUGUCCUGGUGAGACCCUUGCAAAGACCGAGCUCUUUCUCUUCAUCACUUAUCUUCUACAGCAGCUUCGUUUCUCAUGGCCGGCGGAUGCACCGAGUCCACACAUGGAUGGGAUUUUUGGUAUGGUCCGCUCUCCCCAGCCGUUUAAUAUCAUCUGCUGCAGCAGAGGAGCUGACGAGUGAUUAUCAUUAUUUAAAGUCUCCUGUGGUUCAUAAUUUAAUCCCUUAAUAGCUUUGCUUUGUUUGCCCAUGAUAUGUAAUUUUUAGUUUGUGCCAUCACAUUUGGAGAAUUAUUGAUGUGUUUUUCUAUGCUUCGUUUUCUUGAGUAAACUGUAUUUGUCAUGUUUUAUUUAGGUUAGUAAAUCACUCAUUUGGUCAGUAAAAAUAGCGUUUGCGUAUAUAGUUUUUAGAUAGCUAGAUGGUUCCAGAACCAUGCGUUUUUCCAAUCAGAAUUAGAAAAAAAGUAUUUGUUCUUACCGUCAGUUUAUGUGUCUUCAUUCCAUUCCAUUUUCUACCGCUUAUCCGAACUACCUCGGGUCACGGGAUGUGUCUUCAUUCCUUUAAGUAAAAUAUUUGAUUUAUUAUGUUUAUUUUUUACAGUUUAGUGUUAUGUUAAUUAUUUGCACAAGGCCCCCUCACGAGUUUGCUUAGGGCCCCCAGACGUCUAGGAUCAGCACUUCAUAAAACAAAUCUUUAAUCAUCAAAAUGACAUUAUUUUACUAUACACAAUAUUUUUUCCUGCCUUAAAAUAGCUUGAAUGUAACUCGAACCACAUUUAUUAAACUGUCUUUGGUAAACUUCAGUUUUAUGGUGAAAAUGCUCAGCAAUGGUUUAAAAAGAUAAAUUUGCACAUGGUUUGUCUUAAAAACACCACAUUAUCCUAUAAACAACAUUAAAAACUUGAUUUUCACUACAGGGGUAUUUAAAAACAUUUCAAGGAUAAUGAAGUUCUCCUACAUUUAGCUUGAAAAUCUGUAUAAAAGACUCAGAGGAUAAAAUGUGUCAAAGAUUCUCUAUACCUGUUUGUUAAACUGUAUGUUUUUUACCACUGUAAAAGACAGGUGCUGUUAUAUCAGUGUAACACUGAAGGAGUUUUCUCUCUCGUGAUUUAAUUUCUACCUACAUGUCUAUACAGAUCUUAACAUGUUGCUAUCUGGAGGUCAGUGUAACACAACCUGAUGAUGGAGACGAAUAUUUGCUUCAUUUGAAUUAUUCAGAUUUGCUGUAUGUGCAUUCUCGUUCAAUUCGAAAAAAAUAAAUUUAAAUUGUA